AUCACCAUGGCCUUCUGGCUCCAAGCUGCGUCUCUGCUGGUGCUGCUGGCGCUCUCCCCCGGGGCAGACGCUGCAGCUGCCCAGCACCUGUGUGGCUCUCACCUGGUGGACGCCCUCUAUCUGGUGUGUGGAGAGAAAGGAUUCUUUUACAACCCAAAGAGAGAUGUGGAUCCCCUUAUAGGGUUCCUCUCUCCAAAAUCAGCCCAGGAGAACGAAGAGUACCCCUUCAAAGACCAGAUGGAGAUGAUGGUAAAGAGAGGUAUUGUAGAGCAGUGCUGUCACAAGCCCUGCAACAUCUUCGACCUGCAAAACUACUGCAACUGAGGCCUGUCGCACCACUUAGCCUGCUUUCACCCACUGCCACGCUCAAAUUCUCAGAGACACCAUCCUAUUUCAAAGAUUUGCAAACAUGGAGUGCAAACAAGA